AUGUCUGCCGGACCACGUCGAAGCACCAUUCCUGGCCGGGUGACCUCUUCUUUCCCCAUCAGCUCCGUAAUCUUUUACGGCCUGGGCGCCGGUCUCGUCGGCGUCACCAUGAUGACCCUAGCCGAAAAGUCCGAACAACUCCUCACCUCCCGACCCAACUCCUACGUGCCAGCGCGCACCCUCGAGCGGCUCAUCUCGGUGCGGGCCUCGACCGACACGGAGCUCUGGGGCCUCAACAUGGCGAUGCAUUACGGACAAGGCGCCGCGGCGGGCGUGAUCCGGGCGCUGAUGAGCUGGAACGGGAUUCGCGGGCCCUUUGCCGACCUGAUCUUCGUCGGGGUCCGCUUGCUCAUCGAUCAGACGCUGGAGAACUGGACUGGCGUGGGCGCGCUGCCGUGGACGUGGCCGGUCAACGAGCAGGUGAUUGAUAUCCUGCACAAGACGGUGUUUGCGGUGGCGACUGGUUGGGCCGUGGAUCGGUGGUUGGUUAAAUAA